AUGAGCGAUCUCGACCGGGCCAUUGCGCAGCUGCGCUCGUGCAGUCCCAUACCCGAAUCCCAGGUUCGCGAGAUCUGCCACAAGGCACGCGAGCUCCUCAUCGAGGAGGGCAACGUCGUCACUGUUACGGCGCCAGUCACAAUAUGCGGCGACAUUCACGGCCAAUUCCAUGACUUGAUGGAGCUCUUUCGCGUCGGCGGCGACGUCCCGGACACCAACUAUCUGUUCAUGGGCGACUUCGUCGACCGAGGCUUCUACUCCCUCGAAACCUUUCUACUCCUCCUAUGCCUCAAGGUGCGGUACCCGGACAGGAUGACGCUCAUCCGCGGCAACCACGAGUCGCGGCAGAUAACGACCGUAUACGGCUUCUACGACGAGUGCAUCCGCAAGUACGGCAGCGCCAACGUGUGGCGGUACUGCUGCGACAUCUUCGACUACCUAGCCCUGGGGGCCAUCGUCCUCGGCGCGUCCAACACCCUGCCGUCGAGCAUGGAGCCCAUAGAUUCCGAGACGGAGAUUGAGGUGUGCGACCAAUCCGGCAACGUCAUGAGCCGAUUCCGUCGCCAGCAGCAACAGCAGCAGCAGCAGCAGCAGCAGCAAGGCCCCGCAGGCGGCGACCGGACGGGGCCUCCCGGGACCGGCGCCUCCGGCUCCAGCAACGGGUCGGUGGGCAACCCUACGGGUGCGGUCCUGUGCGUGCACGGCGGCCUCUCCCCGCUGGUCGACUCGAUUGAUAGGAUCAGGCUCAUCGACCGGAAGCAGGAGGUGCCGCACGAGGGGGCCAUGUGCGACCUGCUCUGGUCGGACCCGGACGAGAUUGACGGGUGGGGCCUCUCGCCUAGAGGCGCGGGGUUCCUGUUCGGCGCCGACAUCGUCAAGGUGUUCAAUCACCGCAACGACCUCAGCCUCAUCGCCCGCGCCCACCAGCUCGUCAUGGAGGGCUUCAAGGAGAUGUUCGACGCCUCCAUCGUCACCGUCUGGUCCGCCCCGAACUACUGCUACCGAUGCGGCAACGUCGCCGCCGUCCUCGAGCUGUCCGAGGAUGACGACGGCACCGCCAUCUUCGCCCGCUCAAACGGUGACGUAGGCCGCUCCAAGCAGGCUCAGACGGCUUCCGCCGCCGCCGCCGCCGCCGCCUCCACACCCAUGCCAGGCGGCGACACCUCCUCCGGCGGUCCUGCCUCCGCCCCACCUCUCCAGCUCCUCAGCGGUCCGGCCCGGAGGUACCGCGUCUUCCAGGCUGCGCCGCAGGAUUCAAGGGGCAUGCCUGCCAAGAAGCCCGUCGCCGACUAUUUCUUGUAG